AGGUACUAAAUCUAUAGGUACCUGUUGGCACUAGUUAGUAUACGCCGUAAUCGUUUCCAGCGCACUUGUCUAAACAUCGUAUUCAAUCUUUUCAUUAUUUUGUAUUACCGAAUUGUUUUGGUGUUUUUUUUUUUUCAAUUUACAAUAUUUCUUUAAGGUUUACACCAAUGUUAAUGUGACAAACUUGGGAAACAUGAGCCAAGAUACCAGGUAUUUUUAUAAAUAUAAUAUAUAUUGUGGAAUUACAAUUAUAACAAUAUAAAUAAUACUAUAAUAAUAACACUAUACUCGUAGGUAUCAUCCAAAGAAACAUAUUACGAAUACUUAAACGUACCUAUUUUAAUAGGUACAUAGUAAAAUAUUUUAACUUUAAGUUUUAACAAUUUCAUUUAUAAUAUUUAAAUGUGUUAUUUUUGUCUAUGACGUGUAUAUAGAAUUAAUCAUAUAUAUAUAUAUAUAUAUAUAUAGGUAGAACAGGUAUAGAACCUAUCUUUUACUGGUUUUUUUUUAUAGUGCCAAAAAUGAUCGGAAUUCUUCAUAAACUGUAAUUUAAUCAAUUAUUUUUUAAUAACUACUGACACCAAAUAUUCAAAAAUGUAUGAAAAUAACAAUUUUAUAGACAAUUUGUUUAAGGAGCGAUUAAAUUGAAGUUACCUAUAUUAUAUUCGUUUUAUAUUCAUGUUAUAUUUAUCGCAUGUUUGCAUUUAAACAAAAUUUUUCGGAAGAAUACCCAAAUACUUACUUAUUUCGUAGCAAAUAGCCAUAAUCUCUAGUAAUUCCGAAAUAUGACUCGUUUUGGUUUGAUAAUUUAACUUUACAUCGUACAUUUAUCAAUGACAUGCCCCGUUGAGGAUUUUUCCACCCAUAGCAUACUCGUUAAAUUUUGUUUAAUAUAUUCAAAUUCCUGGAAUUUCUAAAUACCUAUAGAUUUUUUACAACAUACACAGAGUAUCCUGUGGCGAUUUUGACUUUGGUUUUUCAAAUGAGAACUUACAUGUUUUAAUACAAAUUGUAAAUCAGAUGAUUUUUCUUAAAAUGUUGACGUAUUGUAAUCGAAAUUUGAACAGAAGUUUCUGAAUCGUUCUACUUUAAAAUACUAAGAGUUAGUGGUGGAUAUAUUCUAGGCGGGGGCGAUUUUCAAAUCCACAGAGGUUAUGGGGUUUAUUCUUUCCAGUGAUUAAUUAGACCUUCAUCCCCGAGGGGAGGGGGAUAUCGUAAAUUUCCAAAAUUGCCUACAUACCUAUAUACAUUCUUAAAUAUUAAGAGUAGAUAAUAAUAUAUAGUGGUGACAAUAAUGCUAAGGGGGGGGGGCGAUCCAUCAAUCGCCCCGCCACUGAUAUCCGCUACUGUUAAGGGUCAAAAUUUUAAAAGAAUAAAUUAUAUGGCCACAUGGCAAGCGGCGUUUUCAUCUAAUCUCCCCAAACCCAAACUUAAGAGUGGAAUAUCUCGUCAAAAAUAUCAACACUAAAAUGUAUUUAAAGAAAUACUUCUUCUAUUCAUGAAAUUUUAACAUAGGUUCUCAUUUAAAAAAUUAAAUUAGUAUGGCUACAGGAUACUUCUUAACCGCUGUGAAAAUCUAAAUAAUCGAGAACGUCAGCUUUAACUAUACUUUAAAAUGCUAAAAAUCAAAACUUUAAUAUAGGUAUGCAAAAUUUAAUCAUAAGUAGGGUUAACGUGUUAAUGAAUCACCCUGUAUACCUAAUAUGUAUCUUGCGUUUCCAAACUACUAAACCUACCAUCCUGGUACGAAGAAUAACAGCUUUUUAACAUUUGUUUUAUCAUUAUAAUUUCCCCCAAUAAUAUAUUUGCAAAUAAAUAUAUAAAUAAAAAUGUAUAAGUAAAAAUAAAAUAAAUAAAUGAAUCAAUACGUCGCCUACGCUUGCAGUAUUAAAUAUAUUUGCACUAAAAUUAUAUUGCAUUCCAUGCCAUUUUUUACCUGACCGCACUAGGGUGUGAUUUAAACUUAACAUAACCUAUUCAAAAAGUAAAUAAUUUUAAUGAAAAAUGUGUUUAUAUGACCCUGUCUUAUGCUGUUGUUAUAAUAUAGUAUAUCCAAUAACAUUAUAUAAUAUUAGGUACCUAUAUGAUGUUAACCAUAUUCAGCAAAAUAAAACAAUUAUUCGCACCUGUAUUAACAAAUAAAUAAAUCUGGUUCCACAAAAAAUAACUAUUUUGAACUUAAUAGUUUACCUGUAAGUCUUCUAUACAAAAAAUUUGCUAUUUUUUUCCAUUAAAACAAUUUUCUUCACUUAAUAGAUCAUAAGUAAAUAAAAUACCAGAAAAUUGACUUCUUAGUUUAAGUGAAUCCAAUAACCAAUUAUCUGGCCAACUAUUUAGCCGAUCCCAAAUAGCUAGAAUGAAAGCGAAGGAGAAAAAGACUUCCAUUAUAAUUAUCUCCAUGUAGUUUAAAAAUACCUAUUUAUAAUUAAAUAUAAAAUACACAUGUUUGUGUGUAAACUUUAAAACUGCACAUUAUCUAAACAAGUUGCAAUAUUAUAUAUUUAAUAAUUUGAAAUUCGUAUCAAGUUUUCAUUGAAAUUGUAAAAUGAUGACUCAAUGUUCUGAAAAAUUACAAUCUUAAUAUGUGGUAUUGUGAUUAUUAUUUAAGUUUUCUGAUUUAAAAUUUACCAUGUCAAUAAGGUAUUGUUAUUAAUUCCAAUCAAAAUAAUGCAGUUAUCUCAGUUUAAAUCUUCAAAUUACGAGUUGUUGGGUCUCUUUUAAGCGAGUAUCUAUAUAGCUUUUCUAAGAGAAUAAUUUUAAAUUUAAAUUCACUAGUAUGAAUGCAGGUGUUUGACAGCAGCAAUGACAUGCAACUUUAACAAUACAACACAUUGACCUUUACACUUCUUGUUGAGAAGAACAUAAUCAUGACAUUCACAAUUUGUAUGGUUAAAAUAAAUAAGUUUCUAAAAUAACUAUUUAAAAAUAUAAUUGCAUUGAUUCUUUGUUUAACCAUACGAACUAUUGUUUACCAUAAAUUAUAUUAUUAUUUUAUUAUUAUACUUUAUACUGAAGGUUUUAUGAUUUAUGUAAAUAUAAUAUAAUUUUAUUAAAUUACUGAUUAUAUUAUGAACAAAUUAAAAAGUUGUAUAUGGUUUAAAUUUUAUAGCGUUGUGCUGUUGUUAAAAAAUAUAAGCUGGACAAUUAUUUUGUUGAUAUGACAAUACAAAAAUUUGUUUUGUAGAAUAAAAUCGAUAUUUGUUUAAAUUUACUCUUUCUACUAGUAGUUAUCCAUUCGUUUUUUUUUUUUUUACGGGUUUAUAUAAUUCCAUGUUUAUGAUAUUAAAAACGAUAUAUAUAUAAAAUAUAUUUCGACUAUUAUCUGUUUGUUUUUUAUACUCGAGUUUAAAAUUUUUUUUAUUUAAAUAAUCCUAAAAUUUAUUCGCCUGCGAGGUCUGUAAUAUAAGUAUAAUAGGUACAUUUAGUUAAAAAAAAAAAAACCAAUUCCAAAUAUUAUAAAAGAGAAAAAAAAUGUGUACAGUGUUCCUUAAACGUUUUUCAAGUCUUUAAAAUCCUUUAUCCCAUCUGUAAUAUAACAGUAUUUUAAAUUAUACAAAUGUUUGUUAUAAUACUCAUAACAAAUAAUUCGAUAAUGAAUUGCAUUAUUAUUGAUUUUUAAUUUGUAGAGAGAAAAGUGAGCCAACAUCAAAAGAUUUUCUAGACAAUCAUUCUACAAUAUCAAAUAUUUGCCAUGUUCCACAAAUUGAAACACGAGACUCUAAACAGCAAUUAAACAAUAAUAACAACGAUGAUAUUACACCCAAGUACAAGCAGAAAAAAACAUUCAAAAAUGCUUUACCCCAGGUAAGUUCAUAUUGAUUAUCCAUAAGUAAGUAAUAUUGUUAACUAAUGAUGCGACUCACUUUUAAAAACAAAUUUGAUAAAAAACAAACGUUUUAGUUUUUUUUUAACCAUCGUCUGACGGUAUAUGUUUUCAACGUUGAUAGGCGGCAUAGAUAAGUUAGGUUAGGUAGGUACAAUAAUAUUAUACCUUCAUAUAUUUUGUAUGGAAAUUUCCAAUGUAAAUAUACUUUAUCUUCGAUAAAUAUAUAAUAUUUAUAUCUUAUUCUAAUAAAUUUAUAUAUCAUUUUUAAAAAAAAUUGACGUUACUUCUUUUUAUAUCAUAUGUACAUACAAAACAUAUAGUCACAAUUAUUGUCCUACAUCGGCUUUAAUGAAUGUAAAUAUAAAUCCACUUCCAUCAUUAUCAAUUAUCAUCUAUAAUUAUCACCUAUCCUCUAUAGUUGGAAUCGGUUAGGUUUUAACCUUUUCGUGUAAAUGAGCCAUUUUUUUUUUAAAAAAAUAUAUCUAAUCCAAAAAAUUAUUUUACUGAGCAAUUUCAUUGGGAUUUGGUAGGAAUAUAAUCAAAUUUUAAUUUAUAUUUUAUGUAUCUUGCUCUACAUUUAUAAUGUCUAGAUUUGUAUGCAUUUUCCAAAGAGCCACAGAUUGCAUGUCAAGAAGCUGAAGGUUUCCCGGGUUCCCGACCCCUGAUCUAUAGUACCAAUGAUAAGGUAGCACGGCAUGCGGCGUUUGAAUAGUGCUCCACUACUUUCCCCUACCCAAACUUAAAAAAGAAAUAUCUCGUGAACGGAUUGCAAAAUUCAAAAAUGUUAACACUAAAAUGUAUUGUAACUAAUACUUUAUCUAUAUAUAGAACUUUUAAUAAUAUAGGUUACAAUUUAAAAAAUAAAAAGUUGGUAAUCGUUUUAUCCCCAAAAGUAAGGGUGACAAAAAAUAAUGGUAAAGUAAAAUUGCAAAGUGUUUCGCGUUGUCUGAAGAAAGUCUAAAAUUUAGUUUUCAGAUGUUUUUAGUAGAAAAUACUAAUUAUUUGUGUUGAUUUAUCGACUAUCUUGAUUCAGUAAAAAUCUUUCAAUUAAAAUUAAAAAAAACAUUAAAAAACAUUAAUCUCUAAACCUAACUUAACCUUUUAGUCUUCAGAAUCACUAUUUUUUUUUUUUAAUAGUGACAUGGACAGGACAAUAAUAUAUAAUGGUACAGCAACAGCAAUAUCUAGCAAUAGCAAAACAUGGACAUGGACAGAACAAUAAUAUAUAAUAAUACAGCAACAGCAAAAUCUAGCAAUAGUAAAACAUUGCCUGAUCAGCUAUUAUAUUGUCGAUUAUCGUCAAUUAUACUAAAAUCUAUUUAUAUGAAUGUAAAAUGGUAUUUUUUGUAACGAAUAGGUAAUCUCCGAAAAUAUUGAGACCAAUAACUUACUUACUUACUUUAAAACUAUUGAAAUCCUCGAAGUGACCAGUAGUAGUACACAUAACACCUGCAGUGGUUUGAGCUGGAUACAAAAUAAUAAUUCAUAGGUAUUUUUCAUUGUAUAGCAACCAUAUAACUAAUUCAUAUAAAUUUGAAAAGGAAAUUAAAGAAAAUUAAUUUUUAAAAUAACUGCAGAGAUAGUGACGGGAUUGAAACAAGGAAUCCAAGGAGAAAACGUUAUUACACGUGUUUGCAACACUGAGCGGGGCAGCUAAUAUAAUAUACAAAUUUAGAGAUGUCACAAAAUCUCAGGUCUCUAUAACUUCUAAUACAAAGGUUAUAACUUAUAAUAAUUUGAAAAUGCAAACGUUAUAACUGAAAGUAUACCUACCUAUGUAACAACUUCUGACGAAGGUUAAUAAAAAGUGUUAAAGCCAUAUGGAAUCUUUUAACCAGUCGAUAUUUUCUUUGUUAUAAUAUUCAUGCUAAAAAUAUAUGUUUAAUUUUAUAUUUUAUACCACCUAUUCUCAUUAAAAUUAAAACAUAUCAUAAAUAAGUAGUACAUGUAUACAAAUUAUAAAAAUAUAUUUCUAGCCCUAAUCAUAACACAUUAUUAUAUUUAUUUAAUUAAUCAAUAAGUAUUGAAAAGCGUAUUCAAAACUAUAUAGGUGUACCUAGAAACCUAAUACUGAUAUAAUAUAAACUAGGUAAUAUGCCAGAAAUUAAUUAAACAAACCUUUUUAUAGAAUCCUAUAAUAAUUAUUAUUUUUCAAGUUUUUUAAUGAUUUAAAUAAAAUUAUUUUUUUGGCGUAACAACUAUUUUUUAUUUCAAAUUUAUUCUGCAAAACUAUACAAUUAGAUUUUGGUAUAAUAUGAGGAUGACCUCUAAAAAAAGAACAGAAUCACGGUAUUAAAGUUAUAAUUUUACAUAGGUAAUAAUAUCUACGAACAAUAUAAUAAAAUUUAAUGAAUGAAUAAUAUAAUUAAUGAAUAUAUAUUAUGUUUUUCAUGAUGUAGGUUGGCUAGAAAAUUAUAUUAGUAUUAUGUUUAUGUAUUACAAAUUAAGAAUAAUAUACCUACCUAUAUUACCUACCCAUAUAUUUAAACACAUAUAAAUACUUUAUAAAUAUGGAACACAAUAUACCUAACGAUAUAAAUAAUAAAUGUAUACCUAACUAUAAUUUAAUAUUAUCAUUAUUUUUAUUAAUUAUAGCUACUUACUUGAUACAUACAUUUAAUAUAUAUAUAUUAUAUAUGUAUUUAAUAUAUUUAUAUAUUAUUAUAUAUAUAUAUAUAUAUCGUAAAAUUGUAUGAUUAUGUUAACAUGAUGUGCUACUAAUAGUUAUAGUCACUUAUAAAUACUCAAAUGCAAGGAUAUAAUGUUUUUUUUUUUUUUUUAUAUAUUAUUUAAAUAUUUAAGUAUAAUUUAAUGUUACAUUUUAACGAAUAAACUAAUUAACUAUGGAAAUACGUAUUGUAAUAAGAUGAUUUUUUAUUGAACAUUUUAUAUUUAAAGUUAGUUAUUAUCAAGUAUAGCAACUUUUCUGAAAGGAAAUUAUGUCUUUUUGGUACUUUUAAAAAGUUUCCAAGCUGUAUUUAAUGAUUAUGGGAAAAAUCGGUAAAAAAACGUAGAAAAAACGGGAAUUAUAUUACGUACAUGUAUAAAAGAAACUUUUUUCUGAAUCGUUUUUCGUUAGCAACGGUUUAUCAUUGCGUACAGAUAUAAAUUGAAUUCCCCUCUAUAUCCUACCUUCCUAAUAUCUAAUUUACAACAGUGGCCCAACCAUCGUGCGAAAUAUGUUCGUUUUUUUUCAUACUUUAAAUAUUUUUAUAUUUUUAUAUAUAUAAUUUUUUUUUACAUUUUUAAACUAAUAACAGUCAAAUUUGUAUUUGUGGUUGUUAUAAAAAUUACAAAAAAAGUCGAUACAGAUGUCAUGAAAUGUGAAAACAUUUAUACAAUUUUACAAUUUAGAUGUAUGUCCGGUUGCACCAAACUUGUCGUUAUCUAUUGAUAAAUAUUGUAUUUAUUUAUAAAAUGAUAAACUAACGGUUGAUAAAUUAAAGUUUUAACGUGUGUUAAAUUUACGAGUGUUAGCAGUGUUGCUCAAUCAUUGUUAUAAUAUAUUCAAGUUAAUACCAGAAUAAUGGUAAACGAAUAGUUUCACUAUGCCGGCAGUAGAAGUAACACAAAAUGUUGAUAGAGAAAUUUAACUAUACUUACAUACAUUUUUACACGGCGAUAAAUGGGCCUGUUAUUUUUUUUUAACUCUCGAUAAAAUACGUUUUUAUCAACAGAUAAAAUUUAAAAUAAGGUUUAUAUAAUAGAAUUAAAACUCCAGAUAAACGAUUUUAUUUCUGUGUAAAUAUUUGGUUCGACCCGGAAAUAUUAUGAUUGUAUGAACUAUUUAAAUAUGAAUAGAUAGUGUUUUUGAUAAGUUAUACAUGUUUUAAUUUGUGAAUAUUUAAAAUGAUUUUGAUUACGACAUACUAGCAUACCUAGCCCAUAAGUAUCUAAUAGCUAAAUUAGUAUAGACCUAAUUUUCAUGCGUUUAAAAUGUUAAGAAUAUUAGAAUAAGAUCUUUUUAUGCUUUGUAAUUCCAUCAAAACAUUCUUAAGCAUGCCUUCACAUUUAUCAAAUUCUAAAACUCGAAAAUAAAAUGGCUAUAAGUAUUUCAAAAUUAAAGAAAAUUGUUUGAACAUAUUACCACGUCUAGAGAGUACUAAUAUAAAUAUUUGAUCAAAAUUUCAGAUUUCUACGAUUGUUUUGAAUUAAAUUAUAAUAACAAAAUCGAAAAUAUUUAAUAAAUUCAUCAGAAAAAGAACCUGAUAAUACAUCAACUGUCAACUAGAUCUAAAAUGUCUCAUGAAUGUUGUGAUUGGAAUAAGAUUUUUAUAAGAAAAGUUGAUUACAAUCUAUAAUACUAAAUUAAAAAUAAGAACAUACUUCGCACUAUGGGUGAGCCACUAUUUUAGGUGAGAAGUUAUGAAGGUAGGAUAUAGAGGGGAAUUUAAAACUAGCCAUACACGUUCCGGUUUGCCGGAGAGGUUGACCUGCACAGUUUUUCGGGAACGUGCGUGUGACAAGUUUGCGCAGUUUUUGGGAACUGUGAAAAACGAUUUUUUUGGCCUAUGCAGUCAUGACUUUACAGGUAUACCGGAGCGUGUAUGGCUAAUUUAAUGUAUAUCUGUACUUAAAAAUUAAUCUUUACUAACGAAAAACGAUUCUGAGCAGAGUUCAGUUGUAAAUUUUUUAAAAAAUUGUAAUAUUUACGAUUUUAAAAUAGAAAAAGUGCCACACUUGAAAUCUGGUAGAAAAGUUGUUCACAGAUAAAAAUAAUAAUAAAUAUAAACACCAUUGUAAAACCAAUACAUUCUAUGCUCUACUUAUUAUUUAAAAAUAAUCUAAAUUAAUAUAAUAUAAUAAACCAAAUGCAUAUCUUGCUACGCUCAGAAUACAAAAUUUAGAAUAUUAAUAAAUGAAAAAAAAUAAUCCUGGAUAAAGUAUUAAAAAUAUCAAUGUAUAUGAUCUAUGUAUCUGUACAUUGAAAAUACUCUAAAUCAAUUAAGGGAAGAAGAAAUUGGAGGAAUCAAAAUAAAUGGUAUGCUAGUACAAGUGUUGCGUUUUGCAGACGACAUAGCAUUGAUAGCGGAAAGUGAAGAAGAAUUAGGCAACAUGAUAAAAAAAAUGAAUGAUAGCUGUAAAGAGUACAAAAUGAAAAUAAAUAAGGGUAAAACAAAAAUAUUAAUAUGCAGCAAGCAGGAAUUGUUUUCGAACAUAACAAUUGAAAACGAGAAGCUGGAAACUUCAAUGUUUUACGUAUUUAGGAAGCAAAAUAACACAUGAUGGAAGAAGCGAAAUGGACAUAAAGAGUAGAAUAGCACAAGCAAAACAGGCAUUUUACAAAAAGAAGCACCUAUUUACGACAAAUACUGUUGGCUUAAAUAUCAGGAAAACUCUAAUAAAGAGUUUUGUGUGGAGUAUAGCCCUCUAUGGGGCAGAAACAUGGACGAUACUCAAAGCGGAAAGAAAAAAGAUUGAAGCGUUUGAAACAUGGUGUUGGAGAAGAACACUGAAAAUUUCUUGGACAGAGAAAGUUAAAAAUAAGGAAGUAUAACUAAGAAUGAACGAACAAAAAUCAAUAUGGAAGAUAAUCAGAGAAAGGAGGAAAAAUGGAUCGGACAUAUUAUGAGAAUGAAUGGAUAACGACAAUAAUAGAAGGAAAGAUAGAAGGAAAAGCUGAAAGAGGUAGACCAAGAACACCAUUUAUGAAACGGAUCAUAGAAGACAUAGGGAAAACCAAUUAUAAGGAACUAAAAGUAGCUGUAAUGGAUAGGGACAAGUGGAGAGCCAUCAAAAUUAUUCAACCAAUCUAAGAAUUGAAAGAAACAAAAAAAAAAAAUUGAUCUAUAUACAUGUAAUUAAACCCAUUUAUAGUAAAUAUUAUAAAGCUCUAUUAAACGCACUUCAAACAAAAAAAAUAAAUACAAAAUAAAUUAUGCAUAGAAUAUUUUAAUUCUUAAUAUUUCAUUUUCUGGUAUUUUAUACUUUUAUAUUAAAAGUAGUUGUGGUUGUAUGGACGUAUGGUAAAAACUUAAGUAUGUCUGUUGAAAUCACCGACAGGUUUAAGAUCUGAUAAAGGUUCUAAUUUUUUUUAUAAAUCAAUAUAUGUUAUGCAAAAUGCCCUAAAAUAUAAAUAUAAAUAUCAUAGUGAAUAAAAUAUACUGUUUUAUGUUAAUAGUAAAUAAUAAUUAUGUAAAUCAAUUUAUUCACAAUUUAAACAUCAAGAAAUCCCACCCAAUAAGAGCAAUACAAUUUUACAGAAGAAAAGUAGAGUUUUAAAAUAAUAACAUAAAAAACCAGUUCCUAUAUAUUGAGGUAGGUACCUAUAUAAUACAAGUAUGAGUAUCUACCUAAUAUCUAUUAUUGAGGUCUACAAAAUUAACAAAAUUAGAAUCAGAGGAACAAAAUUUAAAUGAACGAUUUUUGGUUAUUAAAAUUAAGUUUUUAUUGAAAUUAUUCAAACUAUUUAUAAAAAUAUACAUAAUUUUAUCGGAUUUGAUGAAAAUUCAAGAAUACUAUUCUAUUAUAAAUAUAGGUAUUUAAUUGUAUAACAUGCUAUAUAAAAUGUUUCAUAAAGAUAUGAUUAUUUUAAUAUCUUGGAAAAUGUUAGUUUAUUCUUAAUUUUAUUUUUUUUUGAAAAUUUAAGAAACAAGUAUCUCUAAAGUGUUACAUUAUCAUUAUUUUUAGGGAUAACCGACUCUCUCUUUUGAUUUUAAAAUGGCAACCUAUAUUAAAAAUUCCAUUAAAAAACGGGGAAAUUAGUUUAAAUACAUUUCGUUAUUGAAAUAUUUUUUUACUGUCAACCUGUUGACGAGAUAUUCAAAGUGAAUCCACUUAAACAUUUAAAAUAUUUUACUCAUAUACCUAGUUGUGUAAUAUAAUAAAUAAAGAAAAUAAUUAUAUAUUUAAUAUGUUUUUUUGAUUUAGAUAUUAGCUGUAUCAGCUAAGAAUUGUUUAUUAUUAACAUAUGGAAUGACACUUGGACUACCAACAAUAGCUAUUCCAGCAUUAUACCAUACUUCAAUAACAAAUUCCACUAGUUUAAAAUAUGAUGAUUUGCUCCAACUGAACAAAGAACAAAUAUCAUGGUUCAGUAAGUAAUAUAAUAUAAUUAUAAUAACUAUUAUUAGUAUGUUUGAUUAUUUGAAAAAUGCGCCUCAAAAAUAUUAUAUUUAUUGUUUUUAGGUAGCAUAAAUUUAAUAUGUGUUCCUCUUGGUUGCUUGAUAUCUGGAGUUCUAACUCAACCUUUCGGAAGAAAACCUAGCAUGAUCGCACUCACUUUACCAUUUAUUCUGGCUUGGUUGUUAUUUCAUUAUGCUGCAUCUGUAACUGAACUAUAUUUAGCUUUAGCUCUAUGUGGUCUUUGUGGUGGUUUGCUGGAAGCUCCAGUAAGUAUACACUAUACAUUUACUGUAUAGGUACAAAUAAAUGUACAAUUAUAUCUAAUUUUAUUACACAAUACAAUAUUAUAAUCUUAACAGGUGUUGACAUACGUUGCUGAAAUUACUGAACCUCAUCUUCGAGGAGUACUUGCUGCACUAUCAUCGACUACAAUAAUACUUGGAGUUAUGUCACAAUUUAUUUUAGGCAACUUUAUACAUUGGAGGAUAGUUGCACUUAUUAACACUGUUAUUCCUGUAGGUGCAUUAAUAGCACUAUUAUUUAUACCAGAAAGUCCUCAUUGGCUUGUUGGUAAGUAAACAUAAAAAUAUUUUAAUUUCUAUUUACUUUAACUAAAUUAAUUCUUUAAUAAUAAUAUAUUUUCAAUAGGUAAAGGUCGUAUUGCAGAAGCUGAAAAAUCUCUAUGUUGGCUUCGGGGUUGGGUUAAACCAGAUGCAGUGCAAUAUGAAUUAUCAAUGAUACGAAAAUCAAUAGCAUUAAAUGAUGAAAAAAUUAGAAUGAAAAAGAACAAAAAAUUUUAUUCAUUUUAUGUAAAACGGACAUUUUUGUUACCUUAUUUCAUCAUUACUGCAACUUUCUUUUUUGGAAAUUUUGGUGGAAUGAGUACACUACAAGUACAUGCUGUAAGUUUAAAUAUCAAUAUAAAUACUACUUUAAACUAUUUUAACUUUCAAUAACAAUGUUAAAUAUAAUGUAAAAUAGGUUCAAAUCUUUGAAACAUUGGGAUCACCAAUCAAUGGUUAUACGUCUACAUUAAUUCUUGGAAUAGCACAAUUGAUGGGAGGUAUUAUAUGCUUGUCAGUAAUUCACUGGACUGGUAAACGUCCUUUAGUAAUAAUUUCAACGCUGGGAUCAUCUAUUUGCUUUUUCAUUGUAUCAGCAUAUGCCUUCAUACAACAAUAUAAUAAAGAAUUAAUAAUUAACGUUACUUGGAUACCACUAGUAUUCUUAAAUACAGCUACUUUUAUGACACAUAUUUGUAUUCGAUUACUACCGUGGAUGUUAAUAGGAGAGGUAACUAAAAAGUUGUUAAGUUUUUAUUGUCAUAACUAAUAAAUAAUAAUAGUUUUAAUCAAUUUAAAAUGUUUGUAUAGGUAUAUCCACCAAAUAUUCGAGGAACAGCUAGUGGUGCUAGUGGUUCCAGUUCCUAUAUAUUUGCAUUUAUAGCAAAUAAAUCAUAUUUUGUGGUACUUGAUUAUAUAAACUUAUCAGGAACAUUUUUGAUAUAUGCUAUAGUAUGUUUAAUUGGGUGUGUCAUUUUAAACACAAUGAUGCCCGAAACAGAAGGGGUAUCUUUAGAGGACAUACAAGAACAUUUUGCAAAUAAAUCCAAAACAUUUGUUACACAAAUCCAAAGAAGUGACAAAAAUAAAGCCAAACAAAUGUGGGCAGCAGCAAAUCCUGCUUUAGAACUUGAUCACACAGAAACCCACAUAUAAGAUAUUAUUUCUAUAGUAUUUAUUGUAUUUUAAUUAUUUUUAUAAAAUGUUAGUUCUGAAUAUUUUUUAUUUUAUAAAUAAAUGUAUUAUAGACAUAUGCUUUUUAAGAUUCUGAUUUUGUUUUAAAUUAAUUAAUAGUAAC